CUACUAAGCAGAGGACCGUCAGUGGAUAUCCAAGACUUGAAAGAACUCUGCAGUGACAUUUGGCCUCAGUUUUUUCCUCCGAAUACGGACGCUUGAGAUUCCAGAUCUGCUGGACGAAGGAGCUGAGAAAAUCAGGGUGCUUGUCGCCCUCAAACUCUGUUACCAGCGUCGAAUCAAGUUCUGUUGGUAUUUGUGAGCUCCGGAGAAGAGAGAGAAAGUUUGUGUACAUUCGAGGAGGAAGAAAUGGGGGAGAUGGAUGAAGAAGACGUUGUUAUGCGGAGGAUUUCGAAGCUUAAGAAGGAAUCAGUACGGGAAGAGAUGGUUUCGAGAUUUGCUAGGAUCAGGAAGGAAGCUAGGGAGUUUAGGGAGCAACUCGCUUUUCAGGAGCGAGAAGAGGAGGCCGAGAAUGCAGAUAUUGUUGCAGGGUGUAAAUCAGACCUGGACGGCGAAGCACAGUGUCGUGAACCUGAAGGGCAGCAAUUCACGAAGAAUACCAAACAGAAGGAAGGAGAUUUGAAGUCUCAGGAUCCAGAAGCUAAAAAGCAGGAAGAUAGAAGAUUGGGAAGUUGUGGAAUGGAGAACGGUAGCUGUGCCGCUGGUGUAUUUUCUUCCGGGCACUCGAUGGGUGCCGAUUUCAUUCGUCGCUACAGUAGGCAGCUUCUAGUGCCCUCAUUCGGAGUUUCAGGUCAAAAAAAACUGUCGGAAUCUGCAAUACUUAUAGUCGGAAUGGGAGGGCUUGGUUCACCAAUCUCGUCGUACUUAGCUGCUUCUGGAGUUGGACGACUAGGGUUAGUUGAUAGCGACGUAGUGGAGCUGAGCAAUCUUCAUCGCCAGAUUAUUCACACAGAGGCCUUCAUAGGCCAGCCGAAGGUUUCUUCCGCUGCAUCUGCCUGCCUAGCGUUGAAUUCGUCUAUACUCGUUAAGGAACAUGGCCGUGGACUGAAUGCUGCCAAUGCAGUGGAGAUUAUCAGCCAAUAUGAUGUGGUUGUUGAUGCAACUGAUAACAUUCCUUCUCGCUAUCUCAUCAGCGAUGCUUGUGUUGCGACUGCGAAGCCUCUCGUCUCUGGAGCAGCAUUGGGAUUAGAAGGACAGCUGAGUGUUUACAACCACAAAAGUGGUCCAUGCUAUAGGUGCCUUUUCCCGGUACCUCCACCACCUGGGACUCGGCAGCGAUGUUCGGAUAAUGGUGUGCUUGGAGUAGUUCCGGGUAUUAUUGGAACGUUACAAGCACUAGAAGCAAUCAAGCUUGCUAGUGGAUUCGGAGAAACUCUAAGCAGCAGAAUGCUUCUGUUAGAUGCUUUUUCAACUCGUAUACACAUGGUUAAGCUGCGAGGCCGAAGCCCAAAUUGCUUUGCUUGUGGAGAUGCGCCACAAAUUUCUGCUGCUAAUCUCCAUGAGUUUGAUUACGAACGAUUCACGGAGUCAACUUUAUCUGAAGAGGGUCCAAAGGCGCAAGAGCUUAUCCCGGUAAAUGACCGAUUAUCAUCAGCAGAGUUGAAAAAACUUUUGGAAUCUGGAAAACCUCAUGUACUUCUUGAUGUUCGAGACUCCCAUGAGUAUGUCAUCAGUUCAUUGCCCAGCUCCCUGAACAUACCUCUUUCUCUUUUGAAAGAAAGGCUUUCUGUUUUGCAAUCCGCGGUUGACUCCGUAGUCUCUUUUCCAGAUAAUCCUCAAGAAAAAGAAUAUCCAGGCUUACAAGAUGUUGGGUCGAGCAAAGAAGAGUGUAGCUCCGUUGUUCCAAGUCGGGAGAAUACCUCCAUUUACGUCGUUUGUAGAAGGGGAAAUGACUCUCAAAAGGCUGUUCAAUUUCUUCGAAGCGAAGGAUUUUCUUCUGCAGUAGAUGUUGUGGGAGGUUUAGAGUCCUGGGCGAAGGAUGUUGAUGAGAGGUUUCCUUUCUAUUGAAGAUUGUAUGAUUAUAUAGUCCAGUUCGUUUUGAGGCAUAUCAUCUCAUGCCAGACUCAGACACUAGUGUAUCUUCUUACCAUAGAAACUUUAACCACUUCUGUAUCUUUUUCUUCUC